UCAAAAAAAAAGGAAAAAAGGAAACAAGUUAGAUUUACACAACAACCCUACCCAAUUACACACAAUCGCCACGACUCCCUUCUUGUCUCUCUUCGUCCUCACGUACGGAAGAGAGACCAUGAAAACAAGCAAACAAAUAAACAACUUGUGAAGAGAGUACAGGUGGAGAACAGAGAGAUUCUGUUAUUCGUUUAGAAUUUUUGUAGAUUAAAAUUAUUUUGGCUUUGGAUUAGUAAAACUAAACCAAAAAGGAAAAAGAGUGCGUUAUUCAAGAUUGGUUUAGUUGCGGAAAUUUACAGAGGAAAAAGAAAAGAGAAGAGUAAUAAGAUCAAUCAAUGUGGACGCCGAAACACAAUGCGGUGGAGAGGAGGGAUUCUGGAAAUGGGCUGGUGGCGGUGGCCAUAGACAAAGACAAGAACAGCCAGAAUGCUCUGAAAUGGGCAAUUGAUCAUGUCUUGCAAAGAGGCCAAACUGUUAUUCUCAUUCAUGUUAAUGUCAAGCAGCAGAUGUCGGCUUUUUCUACCUUGCCUCCCUUCUCUAGGAUGAACCAAAUGGCUGAUAUGGGUGAAGGAAUUCAGGCAUCUAAAGAGCCUGAUCCUCAAAUCAGAGAACUCUUCCUCCCUUUCCGUUGCUUCUGUACACGUAAAGAUAUACAAUGCAAAGAUGUUUUACUGGAGGAUACAGAUGUAGCAAAAGCAUUAAUUGAAUAUGUAACUCAGACAGGAAUAGAAGUUUUGGUUGUGGGAGCUCCAGCAAAAGUGGGAUUUUUAAGAUUUAAAGCCACAGAUAUACCUGGCAGUGUGACAAAAGGUGCACCAGAUUUUUGUACAGUAUAUGUUAUAUCUAAAGGUAAGAUUGCAACUAUGAGAUCAGCCUCCCGCCCUGCCCCGGUCAUCUCUCACCUCCGGACACAACUUCUCAAUUCGCCGGGAACAAAACCUCCUCAACCAGUCUUGUCUCCGACUCCAGUUAAUAAUAGUCUCAGAGCGCCUGAAAGGCUAUCAUUAGAGAUACCACGCAAAUCUUCUGAGGACUCAGACUUCUUUAGAUCACCUUUUACUAGGAAAGGUUUAAAUGGGAAGUCAUACGGGGAAUUGCCUCCGCCUCCAGACACAGACAUAUCAUUUGUGAGCUCAGGCAGGCCUAGCAUGGAUCGGAUAUUUCCUAACUUCUAUGACAAUCAAGAUACAAUCCGCAGUCCUAUACGACUCUCUAAUAUUUCUGAUUUAGACAGCAAUAACAGUUUUGAGUCAAUUCAAUUUGGAAGGAAAUCUUUGGACAUGAUCAACUCUCCAACUGACUACUCUUAUACCUCGAUGGAUAGCGAGAGAAUGUCAUCUGCGUCUCAGAAUGUGGACGACGUGGAAUCCGAAAUGAGGAAGCUAAGGCUAGAGCUCAAACAAACAAUGGAAAUGUACAACACAGCUUGUAGAGAAGCUCUUGUGGCAAGGCAAAAGGCAAGAGAUCUCCAGCGCUGGAAAUUUGAAGAGGAAAGGAAGCUCGAAGAAGCACGAAUGGCAGAGGAAACUGCAAUGGUCAUAGUAGAAAGAGAGAAAGCCAAGUCUAAAGCAGCCAUUGAGACUGCAGAAGCAGCUCAGAGAAUUGCAGAACUUGAGGCCCAGAAAAGAAUUAGUGCAGAAAUGAAAGCACUCAAGGAAUCCGAAGAGAAAAGAAAGGCACUGGAUGCUUUGGCUAAUUCAGAUGUUAGGUACAGGAAAUAUACAAUUGAGGCCAUUGAAGCUGCAACUGAAUUCUUUGCAGAGAAAUACAAGAUUGGAGAAGGGGGUUAUGGACCCGUAUACAAGUGUCAUUUAGACCACACACCUGUUGCUGUUAAGGUUUUACGCCCAGAUGCAGCUCAAGGAAGAUCACAGUUUCAGCAAGAGGUAGAAGUACUGAGCUGCAUAAGGCAUCCUAACAUGGUUCUCCUCCUAGGAGCCUGUCCUGAAUACGGAUGCUUAGUUUACGAGUUCAUGGCCAAUGGCAGCUUAGAAGAUCGUCUUUUCCGGCGAGGAAACACGCCACCUCUUUCCUGGCAGAUUAGAUUCAGAAUUGCCUGUGAAAUCGGAACAGGUUUACUCUUUCUCCACCAAACCAAACCAGAACCUCUUGUACACCGUGAUCUGAAACCCGCCAACAUCCUGUUAGACCGCAACUUUGUGAGCAAGAUCAGUGACGUUGGGUUGGCCAGAUUGGUUCCUCCAUCUGUGGCGGAUAACGUGACGCAGUAUCGAAUGACAUCGACAGCCGGCACUUUCUGCUACAUUGAUCCAGAAUAUCAACAGACAGGCAUGUUGGGCAUAAAGUCUGAUAUAUACUCUCUUGGGAUAAUGUUCCUACAGAUGAUCACGGCCAAGCCUCCAAUGGGUUUGACUCACCAUGUUGAGCGAGCUAUCGAAAAGGGGGUUUUCGGCGACAUACUUGAUCCAACUGUGCCUGAGUGGCCAGUUGAAGAAGCUUUGAGCUUUGCAAAAAUGGCGAUCAAGUGCGCAGAGCUAAGGCGGAAGGACAGACCAGAUCUUGCCAAAGUUGUGUUGCCAGAACUUGAAAGAUUAAGGGCACUUGCUGAAGAGUCCAUGUACCAUGCUUUUCCUCCUACAAGUCCUGGUUUAUCACCCAACCAGAGCCAAGUUUCUCUGCAACUAGAGACGAUGAGUAACCCUCACUAUCCACAUUCUUACGCCUAGAAGCCCUCUGCAACAAAAUAUGGGAGAAAAGUAGAGUUUUGUUGGUAAAUUGAAAUUCAAAUUUCUGCAAUUUUCAAG